AUGGAAGGUGAAAUGAGCAUGGACGGAGAUGGAAGGAUUAACAAGGAAGCGAUUGGCCAAACUAGGAAACUGAUUGGCCAAUUAUCUCAACUGAUUGACCUCCUAACUCCGUUGAGCCAAUCGAUGGCAGAGUGUGUCAGCAGGGCUUUUGAGGGGAGGAACCAGGAAAUAAAUGGUCGGCAGAAGCAGCGUGAAGAUGUGUGUAAUGGUGAGGCCUCUUCUACAAGCAAUCAUUGCUUGAAUGGCACGAACUUCCGAAAUACACCAAGGAUUUUAUUAGCAUUAGAAGAGAUAAACAAUCAUGGUGUUGGAGGUGAACCCUUGGAUGUACCACGGCCAGCGAGUUCGCCACCUAAUAUGGGACAGAGUGAAACUACAAUGGACUUUCGUAACUGGCUCCAGAUAAGUUAUUCAGCUUCAUCUUCUUCACUAAGUGAUAAGCAACAUUUCCCUUCCUUUCUCCGUACUGUACCUGCCAACCAUUUUCAAAAACUUGUCCUGAAUCAUCUCAUUAGGCAUUUUGGCUGGACCUGGAUAGGCCUGUUAUCAACUGAUGAUCAACGUGAGAUUGACGUUCAGGAACUAAAGACUGAAGUGCAGAAAACAGGAGGAUGUGCUGACUUUUUAGAGAAAUUUAAUGCAAGGUAUUCAAAGAUAAAAUUUGCUAAAAUUGCAGAAAUUGUUAAGGAAUCAACAGUAAAUGUAAUAAUAGUCCACAGCGAUGAAGUACAAGCCAAGCCAUUACUGGAAAUGUUUUAUGUCCAGAAUGCAACUGGUAAAGUUUUUAUAUUCUCUGCAUCCUUUGAUAUUGCAUUAGGACUGUUCCCUAUCGAAACAUGGAAACUACUGAAUGGCAGCCUAGCCUUAAUUCCUUCUACUGGAGAAAUGCCAGGAUUUUUGGAAUUCUUACACAGUCUGAAUCCAACUUUGCAUCAAGAUGACAGUUUUGUUAAAAUAUUUUGGGAAAAAGCCUUUAACUGCAAAUGGCCAGAAUUUCAAACCAUUCAGACAGGUCUCAAGAAAGAAAAUAUAUCUCUUUGUUCAGGACAAGAGGCAUUGGAUACCCGUGAUUUGGAAUUAUUUGAAUUGAAUUUGUUGAGUUAUACUUAUCAUGCGUAUCUGGCAGUAUUCACCUUUGCUUAUGCUGUCACAAAUCUGCUGACCUGUGAAUACAACAAAGGUCCAUUCUUAAAUCGGUCUUGUGCUAACUGGUCCAGUAUUGAGCCCUGGCACGUGUUACAUUAUGUAAAAAAUGUCCACUUUUAUACGGAAAUGGCCGAUGAAAUAUUUUUUGAUGCCAAUGGAGACAUAAUGGUGAAGUAUGACAUUAUCAAUAUUCAAGUAUUCCCUGAAGGUGCUUAUAAGUUGGUCAGAAUUGGAAGAAUUUUUCGAACUGCAUUUCAGAACAUUGUAUUGAAAGUGGAGAAUGAGAGUGCCAUUCUCUGGAAUGAGAAAUACACUCAGAUUCCACAAUCUGUUUGUAGCAAACAGUGCCCUGUGGGACACAGAAAAAAUAUCAAAGAAGGAAAACCAGUCUGCUGCUAUGAUUGCCUUGCAUGUCCAAAAGGGGAAGUUGCAAAUGAAACAGAUUCAAAUGACUGCCUGAAAUGCGCAGAAUACAACUGGUCCAAUGAGAGACAAGAUAAAUGCAUUCCAAAAGUUAUUGAAUUCCUCAGCUUUGAAGAUGUUUUAGGAGCCUCUCUGGCUUCUACUGCAAUAAUUCUUGCAUUUUUUACAGUCAUAAUCAUGUUGGUCUUUAUUAAACACCAUGAGACUCCUGUUGUAAAAGCUAACAACCGUAACCUGAGCUAUGUUAACCUCUUGUCUCUUACACUGUGCUUUUUGUGUUCCCUUCUGUUCAUUGGCUGCCCAACAAAAACAACCUGCAUGUUCCGUCAGAUAGUUUUUGGCAUCAUUUUUUCUAUUAGUGUUUCUUCUAUUCUGGCUAAGACCAUCACUGUGGUUAUUGCUUUCAGUGCUACAAAACCCAACAGCAAGCUCAAAAACUGGAUUGGAUCAAGAAUUCCAAACUCAAUUAUCAUUAUCUGCUCAAUGGGUCAGGUUAUGAUAUGCAUCACUUGGCUAGAAAUUUCUCCACCUUUUCCAGAGAUGAAUACACAGUCAGCAAAUGAAAUGAUCAUAUUUGAAUGUAAUGAAGGUCAAACCGCAUUCUUUUACUGCUUACUAGGAUACAUGGGAUGCUUAGCAACAGUAUGCUUCAUUGUUGCCUUCCUUGCACGAAACCUACCAGACAUUUUUAAUGAGGCCAAGUACAUCACAUUCAGCAUGUUAGUGUUUGUCAGUGUUUGGUUGUCUUUCAUACCAGCAUACCUAAGUACACGGGGCAAGUACAUGGUAGCUGUGGAGAUAUUUGCCAUUUGUUGUUCAAGUGCUGGAAUACUUAUCUGUAUAUUUUUCAGUAAAUGUUAUAUUAUUUUGUUAAGGCCUGAUAGAAACAGCCGAGAAAAGAUAAUGGGGAGGGCAAACUUUAAUAAUUCGAAAUGAUAUGCAGGUUUUAUAAUAUAUAUGUAUAAUCAUUUCUUUUCUUGUGAGCGAGUGUAAGUUUACUAACAAUUUAAUGUAUAAAUAAAGAAAAUGCAUUGCCCUGACACAAUUUUCUAAUACUGCAAGGUUUACAUUCUAUCUAACUUAUUUUUGUUAGCGGAUCACACAGAUGACAACAGUAGUUUUGCACUUAGUAUUGUAACAAAGGCUAAUAUCAUUUGCUCAGCUUUAU